CUGCGAGUCCACAUGUACGACCAUGCAGGUGGUGUCAUGACGCCUCCUAUCCAUAUCGACAAUGCUCCAAAUUGUUACCUGCAAAUCUUAUCCAGUGUCGUCUUCGGUAGUCUUGAGUGUAUUGAGUGUAUUGGGUAUGAUCCUUCCAUCAAUCCCCUUCGUGCCACUUUUUCAACCCCGAUCGGCAGGAUCAUAGUCAACGACCAUGCAUAUGAUAUUCUCGAACUCAUAUUCUCGAGUCAGGGGCUCGUUGGGCGCGGUACCGUGUGCUAUUUAGCCAGGAGGAAUGGUAAAGAAUACAUCAUCAAGGAUCAUUGGGUCCUUGGGGGUAAAGAUGUUGCGUUGAACGAGGUUAAAAUGCUGGGGGAGAUGCGAGGGGUCCGUGGCGUGCCAGAACUGGUCGAGUAUUGGCUUGUCGAGAUCGCGCCCAACGAGGUUGACGAAACGAUGAACUAUCGAUACAAGGUUUUUGGAAGUAUCAGAGGCACCUCUCGUACGCAUGUUCGUUUGGUUUUGAAACCUCGCGCACGACCUUUGCAUGCAUUCCGGACAAGAGUAGAGCUGGUGAGCGCUCUUCGGGACAUCGUCAAA